AUGCCAUCGAUUCCCAUACAGCCUACGUUGCAGCCGAGCCAAGCUACAAGCGUCCUCCAUGAUCGCAUUCGCAUCAUCGGUAGAGUCAAUGCAGAGAUUGCGGAUUGGCUCCAGGAGCGUCGCCGCGUCGAAGAAGCAUAUGCCCAAGGUCUCAGGAAGCUUGCAACUAGACCGCAACUGGACAAUGGCGCUGCGCUAGGGAUCUUCCAGAUACCAUGGCAACGUAUCAUCAAUGCUGCCGAAGUCGUAGCCUCUUCGCAUGAGACGUUCGCGCAGAAGAUCGAAGACGACGUGGAGCGCCCUUUGAGGGAAUUCAACACCAAGAGCCGAGAAUUCGCAUCUUUGCCCGGUGUCCAGAGCGAUCUUGCGGCACUCGCGAAGAACUUGGAGGCAUCCCAAAAGAAGGUGGAUAAAGCCAGGGAGAAAGGUCCCAAAGGCGCAGAUAAGCUGUCGAGCGCUAUUGCUGCUUCCGAGGAAAUCCACCAACAAUGGGAGUCGAGGGCGCCUUUUGCUUUUGAGCAACUUCAAGCGGCUGACGAGGCCAGACUUAAUCACCUUCGAGACGUUCUCACUCAACUGGAGACACACGAGACGGAUCAGGUCGAGCGUUGCCGUCAAGCGGCCGAAAGCUGUUUGAAUGUCCUUUUGAAUGUUGAAACCGCCGACGAGAUCAAGACCUUUGCCGCAAAGGAUGAUGCUGCUAGCCAACGCUCUGGGUCGUCUACCCCUGCCCCGUUCCCGGCCGUGGCCGCGGCCCCCCGUCAGGGCCCCUACUGUACGCCCCUUGGUGGCCUCAAGCGAUUAGGGACCGUUAUGAAUAGAAGAAAGAGCAUGAUACAACCCUCCGGUGGCCCUUUCUCAUCGGAGAAAAAGCAUCGCAGCCCGUUUGCCUCUUUCAUGAGAGGCGAUUCCAGUCACAAUACCCAGAUUCUCGAGUCACCUCCAUCAACAGCAGAUCGCCCAGGUACUGCUUUGACAACACAGGAAAGUCCCCGCGAAACAGCUCGUUCUCCGAGCGAACCAAAUGAUCGCGAGGGUGCUGGAGCAACAUCUUUCAUGCCAGCUCCUCAGUCGGCACCUGGGACCGCAAAUGGUGCCACAUCCCCGGAGGUCACUGCUGAGACCGGACUUUCUACCACAAUAGUCAGUGAACCACGUGUGGACUCGGAAGGAUUUACUGAGCGGCCGCAAACCAUUGAUGAAAUCACAAGAGCGCAAAGAGAAGCGUCUAGCAUGGAAGAACCUGGCAUGAACCUCACAAUUCGAGAUCAACCAAUUUUUGAGGACGAGAAUCAAGCGAAACAGGCAAUGGAUGAUAUGGCUACUCAGUUAAGAAUGCGAGCCCAACAGACCGGCAUUAGACGCAAUACUGGCACUUUGCGCGGUCGGCGCGAUGUUCGAAACACUGUCUUCAUCCCAAAUCCUCCCCCAGACAAGGAGCUCCCGGUGACACCAACAGGGUCGGACGUGCCGGCCCCAGUUUCCCCAGCAUUGCCGAUUAAGCACACACUAUCCCCUAGUAAUGCCACAGAUGACCAUACUCUUUCCGAUACAACCUCUGUUCGUUCGUCGCACACUCUACAUAGCAUCUCUGGACCGGUAGCGCACCCUGAACUGCACGAGCCUGGCCUCAACGCUUCCAUCAUUGAAACUGUCAACGCAUGGUUCUCCGAGGGUGUAGUGACUAAGUCUUUCGUUGUUGGGGAGCUUGCGCUAGCAUAUAAUGUAGCUCUGGGUGUAUCGUCGGAAAAUGCCCGCAUUCGCCUUGAUAAUUUCCAGGUACUUGAGAAGGUGGCCGCGAACCCCCAUUUCGUGAACGAAGAGAAGGGCAAGGAUCAAUCAGAAGAGAAACGAGGUCAAUAUAGCAUUCAUCUAUCUAACAUCGCUCGCUCCUCGCCGACAGUGGCUUUCAAAUACCAACUUCAUCUUGAUCCAGCAGACGCCUCUACCUACUGUCCAGUCAUCUUCAAACCAGCCUGGAACCUGGAGGAGUUCCAAGCAAGCGUGAUCGUGUUCUAUUCUAUCAAUCCGUCUUUCGCAUCAGCCGCGCACAAAAAUUCUGUCACGCUCAGAAACCUAGUCCUGACGGUGAACUUAGAUACCACCCCUGAGGAGGGUCGCGAAGUGGCUCAUGCAACUAGCGCCGUUAUGUACCCAAACACGGGGGCUUCCUUCCGUCGCAAGCAUUCUGCCGUCACCUGGAAAAUGACUGAACUGGAAGUCAAAGCUGACUCUGAUGGCAAAUUUCUGGUUCGGUUCUCCACGGCAACCAGUUGGCCGCGGAAAGGCAAGAUUGAGGCCAAAUUCGAGGUCCACUCGGCCAAUUCUGGGUCGCGUUUAGGAAUCAGUGCUGCUUCGCAGACGGCGGAAGCCACCCAGAAAGGCGCUGCUGACCCCUUUGCGGACGAGGACUCUACGCAAGCCACCGAUACUGAGGCUUCCCUGGUGUGGAAUGAGGUCCCGACGGUGCGCAAACUGGUUGGGGGCAAGUACGUGUCGGCUUAA